GUUAGUUAACCAGAGAGAUCGAUUCGAUCCAUUCAAGGAUCCAAACCCUUCUUCUUCCUCUCCGCCAGACUCCUCCCACCCGGAGGCCAUGGAUCCAGGCCCAAACCCUACCCCCGACGACAAGGGCCUCGCCGCGCUCUCCCUCCGCGCCCCCGCCGCGCUGCCCCCGGACUUCGCCGCCGUCCCCGAGAUCGAGGAUGAGGAGGAGGAGGAGGACGACGACGAAGGGUAUUUCACGGCCGCGUCCAGGGGCGGGAGCAGCAGCACGGCCGCAUGGAAGGAGGAGAUGGAGGGGCUCGAGGAGGAGGAGGAGGAGGAGGACGGCCCGCCCAGCCCCAGCAGCAGCGGCUACGCCGGCGAGCGGGGUAGCAGCCUCGCCUCCAGCGCUGCCGGCGGCGCCGGCAUCGAGGAGCCCGACCACCACGACGUGGACGCGCCACAGCCGCACGGCCCGGGCGCCGAGGACUGGGCGCGCGACAAGAAGCACGCCGACGAGGACGAUGCUUCAGCUUCUUGGAGGAAGAGGAAAAAACAUUUCUUCAUUUUGAGCAAUUCCGGCAAGCCAAUAUACUCUAGGUAUGGAGACGAGCACAAACUAGCUGGAUUUUCUGCUACAUUGCAAGCGAUUGUUUCCUUUGUUGAGAACAGUGCUGACCAUAUCAAAUUUGUGAGAGCUGGAAAACAUCAGAUAGUUUUCCUUGUCAAGGGUCCAAUAUACUUAGUUUGUAUUAGCUGCACUGAAGAGUCAUAUGAAGGAUUGAGGGGCCAACUAGAGCUCAUGUAUGGUCAGAUGCUGCUUAUUUUGACAAAGUCAGUCAACAGAUGCUUUGAGAAGAAUCCCAAAUUUGAUAUGGCACCGCUACUAGGUGGCACUGAUGCAGUUUUCCUAUCUCUUAUACGUGCAUUCAGCUGGAAUCCUGCUACAUUUCUUCAUGCAUACACAUGUCUUCCCCUUGCCCAAGCAACCAGACGAGCUGCUAGCGCAGUUUUGCAGGACAUUGCCGAUUCAGGAGUUUUGUUUGCAUUGUUGAUGUGUGAGCACAAGGUUAUUAGUCUCGUGGGAGCACAAAAGGCUACUUUGCACCCGGAUGAUAUUUUACUUCUUGCAAAUUUCAUAUUGUCCUCUGAGUCUUUUAGGACUUCGGAGUCUUUUUCACCCAUAUGCCUGCCAAGAUACAAUCCUAUGGCCUUCCUAUACGCUUACGUUCACUUUUUUGAUGAAAAUACAUACUUGACUCUGCUUACUACGAGACCAGAUGCAUUUUAUGAUCUGAAAGAUUCAAGGGCCCGCAUACAAGAUGUUCUCUUGAAAGCAAAUGUCCUUCUUGAAGUCCAAAGAUCUUUGCACGAGAAUGCAUUGCGUGUUGAAGAUGUGCCCGUUGAACUGUCUUCUCAAUCUACAUCACUGCCUGCACAGUCUUCUCAAGGGAAUUCUCAAUCUUUGUCCUCUGAAAUGGCAAUUGGCGGACCAGCCGGACUUUGGCAUUUUAUAUAUAAAAGCAUCUAUCUUGACCAGUAUGUAUCAUCUGAGUUUGCCUCGCCCAUUAGAAAUCCAAAGCAGCAGAAGAGAUUGUACAAAGCUUAUCAGAAGUUCUAUGCUUCCAUGCACGAUAAAGCAAGUGGUCCACACAGAACUCAAUUCAGAAGAGACGAGGAUUAUGUUUUAUUUUGCUGGAUAACCCAGGAUUUUGAGCUAUAUGCAGCCUUUAAUCCACUUGCUGACAAGACUCAAGCGAUCAAGAUAUGCAAUAGAGUAUGCCAAUGGAUCAGGGAUUUAGAAAAUGAAAUAUUCGUAUACGGAGAAAGCACCCUUGCCUGGUGAUAUUUUGUCUUGCAAUACCAUCACUGUUGGGGAGAUAUAUGAGGGAUUAGGUUUGUCUCUGUAACAUCCUCACAAAAGCGAUGCUUUUAUUGAUGGCCCGAGACAAUUUCUAGCCAGUUGUUGGUUUCACUGUAUCAUGUUGCUGUGAUCAAUGCCAUUUUCUCAUUUCCAUAUAUGCUCCUUCUGUAAGCAUCUAAUUCCUCCAAUGCGAUCUUCUUUCCAUCAAAUGUAGCUCGAAGUUGUAUUGUAUCAUUUUGAUAUGUUCCAUCAA